AUGAACAAAAUUAUUGAAUUUGAAAAUGACAAAGAUAAAUAUUACGAAGAUUAUGAAAUUUAUUACAACGAUAUGGGAUUAGAUCAAAACGAAAGCAAAGCACUUUUAUAUCUAAGAGUUGCAUUCCAACAUUGCUGCUUUUGCUUCUACAACAUGACACUUCCCUUAUACAUCAUGGAAAGGUAUGACAGCGAGUAUGCAUUAAUCACUGUUUUGCACUUGAUCGAUUUCUUUCCUCAUGAAAAGACACUUCAAUCAAAUGUUGAGAAUCUAUUGAAAAGCAAGAGAUCAUUGAAUUUUGUUUCACGAUUUGUGCUGUUUUGUUUCUCUACAAUUAGAGAUCUAAGAAACAACACAAAAAGCCUUAAAUUAGUCGAGCUAAAAAAUAUGAUGAAAGAAUUCAGUAAUCUUGUCAAAACUGCUAUAGAUAGAAAGUGUAGUGUCACUUAUUAUGAAUUUUUGGCAAAGAAAUGUCAAAAAACGGAUGGAAUUUUCAGAGAAGUUAUACAAAACAAUCCAUAUAAUCCCAAAUAUUGUGAGCUCUAUUUCAAAUAUUUGGUUGAUGUUGAAUGCAGUUUCACAGAAGGAAUGAACAUGAAAAAUCGCCAGCUUUCAAUAGAAGGAGGUGCAUCUGGUUCUCAAGAUUUUUCUUUCCUUAGUUUAGUUAGAAGUUUUCCACAUUACCUCAAAGAUAAGAUUGUUACAUUCACGGGUGAGAUUGCACUGCAAAAUGCUCUUAAAAAGAAGCUCAACAAUAAUGUAUCUAUUCAUAAUUUUGAUGCUGCAAUAGUAAUUCCCGAUGCAAAUGAAAAAGUAUCAUUUAAUUUAGAAAAUGAUGAAAUCGAGCAAAUGGCAAAAGAGUACAUUCGAGAAUCAAAACUAAGAUUAUAUUUGGACAAAAUGCUAGAAACAAAAGUUCCAAAAGCCCUCAGAAUGAUUAAGAAUGUUUCGAUAUUUAUUUUAUUUUACGUCAUUGUUGGCUUUUUGUUUGGAUAUGUUUUUUCAUAUAUUGAACUGAAUAUUUAUGUUGAUGCAAUGUCUGAAAUCGUUACAUUAAUGAAAUCGAUUUUUUACACCAGUCUUUCGUCAUUAUCAAUUUCUCUUGAGUAUUUUAGAGAAAAUGGUUUGUCAAAAUACACUGACGAAAUGAAAGAUUAUAUUAGGCAGAGCGACUCAUACUAUUUUGAUCCAUAUAAUAAUAUGCUUCCCCAAAUUUUAGAUUUCACAUCUAUUUCAUCAAAUAAUUUGCAAGAAACAAUCAAAACUUUUGCAUACUAUUCUAUUCAAGGUGAAAAUCUUUUAUCAUUUUCUUUUCCUCUCCUCAAAAUUGUCCAACCUUUAGCAAUCUGUAAUUCUAAUGGAACAUUAUUGAAAGAGUAUAGGAGUAGCUUUGGAUCAAUUAUCACUUUAUUGAUGUCAUGGCAAAGAGAAUUGACAAAAAAUGAAACAUUAACGAAUUUUUUGAAUGACUCAAAUACUUGUGAAAUUGUCAUGAAUAUUAAGAAUCUUCAUGAAUCAUCAAACUAUUUGUUUUACAAUGUUUCAAAACAUCAAGAUGAAUUCGGAGAUUAUAUCGAAAUGAUUUAUAAUAUCUUGGCAAUUUUAGUUCCUUGCGUAACAUUCUUUGUUGUAUUCUUGCCAUUUGUAAUUUGGCAUUUUAUUUUGAACAGUUACAUGAACAAAAUCAUCACAAUGAUAAACUCAUUCAAAAUUGAAGAUAAAAAUGAAGCAAAAAUGUCAUUAUUAUUGAAUAGAACAGAACAAACAGAAUUAUCUGCAACGUUAUCUGAUUAUAAAUCGAAUUCAAGUGUGAAACUUAUUCUCGGUUUAUCCUUUUUAGCAAUUGUUUUUUGCAUUUUAACAUUAGUUGGAACAUAUACUGUGUUAGAUGCAGUUCAUGAACUAACAGAUUUGAAUGGAUGGAACAGAUAUUCUACAUCAAGAAUAUAUUUGGCUUGCCAAGCAUUAGAUGCUAUCAUUUUGUCAGUUAUAUAUCACAAUAAUCGACAAGAUUUCUUCCCUUUUGACAUUUUAAGUAUUGCAGAAAAUUUCACUAAUGAGUUAUAUUCAAUAAAUAAUAAUUUAAUCAAUGGAACAAAUGAAACAAAACCAUCCAUUGGUUACGACAAAGAAUUAGAUGAUUUAAACUUAUAUAGUGAUUUUGUCGAAGAAUAUGAUAUUGUUUCGCUUCAUGACUUUAUUGAAAACAGUUCUAUCACUCAACAAAUCGAAAUUUUCAAAUUUUUAGCAAACAGUAUUAUUCAACAAAUAAAAUCAAACGAAACUGAAGAAAUCAAAACAGAAUUCAUAUCCAAUAUAAUUUAUUUAGUGAACUAUAGAUUAUGGAGUCAAAUGUUCAAAUCAUCAGACAGAAUCUUGAAACUUGGCCACACUUGUUUUUCAACGUUAAAGAAGAAUUUUAUUAUUCAUGGAGUCAUAUCAAUAAUCAGUUUGGUUUGUUUCUCAGUUUUAGUUAUUUUUUAUUAUUUGAACAGAUUAUCAACCUAUAGAGCAACAUUAUAUAUUGUAAAAAGAUUUUCUCCACAUGUUCUGGCACAAAACAUGACGUUCAAUAAAUUGUUUUUGAAAGACGUCGAAGAUGAUGAUGAAAAAGAUUAUUCACUUGAAAAGAUGAUCAUAAAGAAUGAAAAAAGCGGAAUCAUGUUAACAAAUUAUUAUGGAGUUGUAGAAGAUUGUAACAAGGGACUUCAGGAUCUUCUAGGAUACAGCAAAGCUCAAGUUUUAGGUUUAAAUUUCAUUUCUUUCUUUGCUAAUGAAGAAAUCAAUAAAAUUCAAAAUAAGUACGAAGAAUUAAAGAACCAAAACGGGCAAAUAUCUGAAUUAGAUACCAUUAUUCUCAAUGAUAAUAACCAAGAUAUAAAUGUCCAUAUGACUAUGAUGGGAAUGAAAACAAUGGAGUUAUUAUUUCUUUUGUUUUCAUUUUGGAAGAUACAACUCUUUUAUUGA